CUCGAGUCGGCCCGGGGCCACGCGCGCGCCGUGCGGGCCCUGGGCUACAGCGGCGACGGCCGGCUGCUGGCGACGGCGUCGGACGACCGGACCGCGCGCGUCUGGCGGUCCGCGGACGGCCACCUCGUCGCGACGCUCCGGGGCCACGUCGACCGCGUGACCUGUUGCGCCGUGAGUUUGGACGGGUCGCGGGUGGCGACGGCGAGCCGCGACCGGACCGCGGCGGUCUGGUCCGCGGACGACGGGGAGCGGCUCCGGGUCCUCGAGGGCCACUCCCGGCCGCUCUGGGCCGUCGCGUUCUCCGGCGACGGGCGCCUCGUCGCGACGGGCGGCGCCGACAAGACCGUGCGGCUCUGGCGGUCGACGUCGGGCGAGGCGGCGGUGCUGAUCCGGGGGACGCCGCUCGACGACGACGGCCACUCGGACGACGUGACGUGCCUCGCGUUCCCGCGCCACGGGAUGCGCGUGCUCUCCGGGUCCCGCGACCGCACGCUGCGGCUCUGGGACGCGGAGUCCGGGGCGCUGCUCAAGACGAUCGACGGCCACGCGCUGCCGCUGACGUGCUGCUCCUUCUCUCGUGACGGGCUGAAGAUCCUGUCCGCGAGCGCCGACGGCACGGUCAAGGUCUGGGGCCGCGACACCGGC